GGCGCCCGCCUCUCGUUCCGCUUCCCCUCCCGCCCCUCAAGCUCAAAAUCGAGAAUCGAAACUGUGCUGUGAUCCAUGCAGCAGGAGCCUGCACCCGCCCGAUCUCCGGGUCCCCAGCAAGACCCCGCACUGUCCCACACGCCCACAAUGCCUCCCCCGGAGUCCGUCCCCGAAGGCCACCAGCCCAGCCCCAGCCCCGCGGAGCAAGCCCUGGAAGAGGAAUUCCAAUUCCUGCGCUGCCAGGCAUGCCAGGUAGAAGCCAAGUGCCCCAAGCUGCUGCCUUGUCUGCACACGCUGUGCUCAGGGUGCCUGGAGGCGCCAAACAUGCAGUGCCCGAUCUGCCAGCUGCCCGGGCCCUUAGGCGCUGACUCGCUGGUGCUGGAUAACGUCUUCUUCGAGAGUCUACAGCGGCGCCUGUCGGUGUACAGGCAGAUCGUGGAUGUGCAGGCCACUUGCAACCGCUGCAAAGAAUCCGCGGACUUCUGGUGUUUCGAGUGUGAGAAGAUCCUCUGUGCCAGGUGCUUCGAGGCGCACGAGUGGUUCGUCAAGCAUGAGGUCCGGCCCCUGGCGGAGCUCCGCGGCCAGUCAGCGAAGGAGUUCCUCGAUGGCAUGCGCAGGUCCAACAGCAUCUUCUGCUCCAACCCCAUCCACUGCCCCCCUAUGUUGACGAGCAUCUACUGCCGGGGCUGCUCCAAGCCACUGUGCUGCUCGUGCGCGCUCCUGGAUAACAUCCACAGCGAGCUCAAGUGCGACAUCAGCAUCGAGAUCCAGCAGCGGCAGGAGGAGCUGGACGCCAUGGCGCAGGCGCUGCAGGAGCAGGACCGCGCUUUCGGGGCGGCUCAGGCGCGCAUGCGCUCGGCUGUCAGCCAGCUGGACCGCGCGCGCGCAGACACCGAAGAGCUGAUCCACACACGCGUGCGCCAACUAGUGACGCACGUGCUGGCCCAGGAGCAAGCGCUGCUAGAGGGGGUGAGCGCGCAGUACCAGCGCAGCUACGAGGAGAUUGCGGGCCAGUUGGGCCGCCUGGAAGCUGUGCUGCAGCGCAUCCGUUUGGGAGGUUCGCUGGUGCAGAGGAUGAAACGUUAUGCCUCCGACCAGGAGGUGCUGGACCUUCAUGGCUUCCUGCGGGAAGCGCUCGGCCGCCUGCGCCAGGAGGAGCCCCAGAACCUGCAGACCUCUGUGCGCACCGACAGCUUCGACAAAUUCAAAGUGCGCCUGCAGGAACUCGUCUCCUGCAUCACUCAGGGGACAGAUGCAACUCUACCCCAGCGAGCCAGCCCAGAGGCUACCAACUCUCCCAGGGACUCUCUUGACAUUGAGCUGCCAGAGGAGGUGCAGAAGGCACUGGCACAGGACUCGGAGCUGGCUGAGACCCAGCCUAUGACUUUGGUCCAGCCGGUGCCUGGGGUGCACCCAGUGCCGGUUCACGCCUACUCCAUCAAAGACUCCUGCAGAGAGGAGGUCUGCAACACAGUCCCGCCCCAGAAGAGGAAGUCCUGCCAGACUGAGUGCCCCAGAAAGGCCAUCAAGAUGGAGUCUGAGGAGGAGAGGGAGAUACGGUUGGCCCAGAGCUCCCCGGAGCAGCCCAGGCCCAGCACCUCCAAGGCAGUCUCGCCGCCCCACCUGGAUGGGCCCUCCAGCCCCGAAGGCCCCACUGUGGGAAGCAAGGGCUUUCUGCCCAACAACAACCACGCAGCCAGCGACGCUGGUGAGGCAGAGGAACGAGUCGUGGUGAUCAGCAGCUCGGAAGACUCAGAUGCUGAAAACUCGUCUUCCCGAGAGCUGGAUGACAGCAGCAGCAGGUCCAGUGACCUCCAGCUGGAGGGCCCCAGCUCCCUCAGGGUCCUGAACGAGAGCCUCGCCGACCCCCAAGCAGAAGACAGGCCCCUGGUUUUCUUUGACCUCAAGAUUGACAGUGAAACCCAGAAGAUUAGCCAGCUGGCAGCAGUGAACCAGGAGAGUGAGUUCCGCGUGCUCAUCCGGCCCGAGGCCUUCUUCGGCACCAACUCCAAGGCUGUCUCCCUGGAGGUGGGGCUGCAGCACUUCCUUGGUUUUCUGGGCUCCCUGCACCGCCCCAUCCUGGCCUGCUACAAGCUGUGGGGACCCGGCCUCCCCAACCUCUUCCAGGUCUUGGAGGACAUGGACAGGCUAUGGGAGUUUGAGCAGGUCAUCUCGGGUUUCCUGGCCGCACGGCCCCUCCUCCAGGAGCUGGUGCCCGGGGCCAGCAGCUUCAAGCUCAAGAGUCUGGCAGAGACCUACCUGGCAAGAAGCAUGAGCCAGCGCAGCGCCCUGGCCGCCGUGCUGGCCCUGCGGGACCUGUUCCGGCUCCUGGACAUCUUCCCGAGCCCCCAGCUAGCCCAGCACAUCUACUGCUUCAGUAGCCUGCAGUGCUUCGCAUCCCUGCAGCCGCUGGUGCAGGCGGCCGUCCUGUCCCGUGCCCAGGCCCGCCUCCUGGCCCUGCACAAAGUGAGCUUCACCGAGCUGCUGGCCGUGCACCGCCGUGACCCCCAGUGGGGACUGCGCCGGUACAGCUGCUACCUGAGCCCGUCUGCUGCCUCAUCGCCCCCCAUCCAGGGCACCAGCCCCCUGCAGGCCCUGAGCACCUACUUCGGAAGCCUGUCCAGGGAGCCCAGCCCGGCACGGGCAGAAGGCCUCAUGGCCCCUGUUGCUGGCCGCAGCUUGGCGGGGCGGGUGUGCCAGCAGAGCUGAGAGGAGGCCCAGACUGGCUCGGGAUCUCUGGGGUUAGAAGGUCAUGGGGUCCCUGAGCCAGCCCCCCUGCCCCACUGCCCUUCAGUGCAUUGGUGGGUCCUCUUCCCCAGCACCCAGCUGUCAUUUGCUCUGAAAUCAGUUCUCUGGGACCAAACUACCCUGCUCUAAAACCCCCACAGAGAAGGUUCUGAAUCCAAGCAAGUCCCAAGUCCUAACCCCCUGGGGGGCACCAGAUCCCCUUUCAGGCCUUGGGAGCACCGUGGGUUGGUUCCCUCGAGACCUGGCCCCUCUUCUCCAGGAGCCAAAACCAAGGAGUAAAGAAGGCCCAGCCUCUGGGCUGAGUAGCCCCCAGCCACCCAACCUGCUACUUCCAUGAGUGUCCCUGCAGCCCCUCCCUGACCCCUGCUCACUGCCCUAGUGGGCCCACUGACAGGCCCCAUAGAUACUGCCCAGAACACCCCACGGGUACCCAAGUGCCUUUUAAACCAAGCCGCUGUCAUGAGUUUGGGUUCUCCCACCCUUUGCCCAUCUGAAGGCCACUCUCUGGUCACUUCUUUGGGGACACAAAUGCAUUUUCACCCCUCUUGUCUGCAGAGACAGAAGCUUCUGUCCCACAUCUGUCCCUCUUCCAAACUUGCCGUGUUCCUUCUAGCCACGCAGACCUACCUCCUCACAGUCACACUCUUCCGUCCUCCAGCCACCAGCCCUGCUCAGCAUGGCUUUCACUUUCUCUGCGCUGCCCACCUCAGCCCCACCGAUGACUGUCCUCUAACCCAGUGCUGCCUGCUACAUAGGGACGCACAGCGUUGGCGUCCCCUGAGAGCUUCUAGCCCAGACCUCUGGAAUCAGCUUCUCUGAGGUGGGCCCUGCGGGCUGCCUUAGCAUGUCUUCCAGAUGAUUCUGAAGCCUGCUAAUACUUAGAACCAGUGCUCUGAUAGACUGCUCCCCGAACACGCAGCAGGCUGGAAUGGCAGAACCAGUCCUGGUCCUGACUGGGCAAAUGGAGGGUAACCUAGGAAAAGACCCCAUUCUGCGCUCCGGCAUCCCCCCACCUGCUAAAUAGGCUCCCAUCCAGCUCUGCCUUUCUGGGAUUUUAGACAAGGACUGCAGCCACCAAGACAGUGGGCAGGACGGUUCUCAACUAAACCCUAGCUCUCAGUCCUAAGCCAAGGCCCCCAGCCUGUGGUCACAUCAGAGGUCAGGAGCAGAACAGAGGCAGGUCAGGGCCUGCCCUCUGACCAGCAGAACCACUGCCCCCACACUGCUCCCCUCUCCCCUUUUCCUUGGCUCCUGCCACUGGGACACAGCCCAGGCCUCCAACAUUCUUUGCCUGAGCUUUCACAGGGAUGAGGUCUGUGCGCCCACAGCUCAACCCCCAUCCAGCAGGUGCCCUGGAGAUACCCCGAGGAAUUGCAUGGGAACUGGAUACCACAGUGGGAAUGCCAGUCGACCAGUGAACUCUGAUGCAUUUAAACUAGGAUUCGGGGGCACCUGGGUGGCUCAGUGGGUUAAGCUGCUGCCUUCGGCUCAGGUCAUGAUCUCAGGGUCCUGGGAUA